UUCUCUCGUCCUCUCCGGCAGCGAUGGCUGUGAUUUCUCACCGUCUCCGGCGAGUGUUACUCACAGCAACUUAAUCUCUUAGCCGAUAAAUCUCUCUCUCUCCGUCUUCGGUUGCUCCAACCGCCGAUUUCUCAUCUCGAGCUCCGGUGAGGCCGUUUUCGACGAGGCAGUACAAGCUUUACGAAGAAGGAGAUGAAAUCACGGAAGAUACUGUUCUAUUCGAAGGAUGUGAUUAUAAUCACUGGCUAAUCACCAUGGAUUUCCCUAAGGAUAAGACUUUUGUCUCCUGAGGAAAUGGUCUCUACCUACGAGCAAACUUGCGCCGCUGGGCUUUGGUAUCAGCUUGGAAGAGGCCAGGAAGAAGAUGUAUGCCUGUAGCACAACAACGUACCAAGGUUUUCAAGCUAUAAUGACUGAACAAGAAUCCGAAAAGUUCAAGGAUCUACCCGGAGUGGUGUUCGUAUUGCCAGAUUCAUACAUUGAUCCCGUGAACAAAGAGUAUGGAGAUAAAUAUGAGAACGGAGUGAUCACACAUAGGCCACCACCAAUUCAGGCUACCAGGAGACCCAGUGAUAAGUUCAAUCAGAGAUUUGACCGUCAAGGGGGUGGUCCUCCAAACUUCCAAAGAAACACACAUUAUGGUCAGCAACCGCCAAUGCAAGGUGGUGGAGGGGCCUAUGGUGGUCCUCAGCAGAGCUAUGGAGUUCCAGGACAAGGAACUCAAGCUCCCCCUACACCAUUUCAGGGAGGUUACAAUCAAGUCCCGCCGCGAUCUCCCCCACCUCCAUAUCAGGCGGGUUACAAUCAAGGACCACCAGGAACUAUAGUCAAGGGCCACAAGAGGUUACAACCAAGGAGGGCCGAUGAAUUACAGUCCUCAGGGGAAUGGAAACUAUGGUCCUGCACCGGGAGCUGGAAAUCCCAAUCUUAGAUAUGGUCAGGGAUAUACUGGUCCUGGACAAGAGCUGAGUCAAACAAUUCCACAGGCUGAUCAGAGAAAUGCAGCUGGAGACUGGAACAACAGUAGUCCUGUAGGCCAACCAUGAUCUUACCAAUUUUCACAGGGAAGAAGGUACGAGACACGGUUGGAUAAGAAGAAUUUUCAGAGUAUUGAAUUUUAGAGUACAUAGUUUAUUAUUUUAUCCCCAUUUCUCUUAUGUUGGGCUUGAUGAACGUUUUUUGGCUGCAUCAGUUAACUUGAAUGCAAAUCAUUCUUUUAAGAUUCAACCUGCCUAUUUUACUUUUGAGAUUUUCAA